AUGUUACGUGUAGGACGUGUAGAUGUCUUGGAAUUGGGUUAUUGGAUAGCAGAACAUCUUCUUGAACAAAUUGAAUGUAAAGUAAUCCCUAUUUUUGAAGCUUUAUAUUCAGAUUGCGUAGCUGUGUUUGCUUUUGAUAAUAGUUCCAAUCAUGCUGCUUUUAGCAAAGAUGCCUUAGUUGCAAGCCGAAUGAACCUAAACCUAAGCGGUAAACAACCAGUUAUGCGGAAUACUUACUUUGGGCCAAAUAAUCAGUUACAAACAAUGGUGUUUCCAAUAACAUAUCAUGAUGAAAAACUUCGUGGUAAACCUAAGGGAAUUAAUAAACAAGUAUUAAUAGAGCGUGAAAAAUGGCCACCUGGAGGAUUAAUAUUAGUCUGCAAAGAAUGCAAAGAAAAGAUUCAAGACAUUUCAAGAACUACCUGUUGUGCACGUCGAGUAAUAUCUUUGAAACCAGAUUUUAUUGCUCAAAAAGGCGCUAUUGAGGAAUUAAUUGAAAAUGCAGGCCAUAAAUGCAUUUUUCCCCCUAAAUUUCACUGCGAAUUAAACUUUAUUGAGAGUCUUAAUUCGGUAAACUUAACAACUAUUAGAAAGUUCUCAAGAAAAUGUUGGUGUUAUAUGGACCUUUAUAGAAAAGGUAUUGAUGGAAAAUUGGUGGAGUAUGCUAUAAAAAAAUAUAAAUCUCACAGAAGAAUUUCAGAGUGUGUUUUGGAAGAGUUAAAUAAAUUUACAAAUGAUUAA